AUGGCUCGUUCAUCAAUAAUGAAUGAAACUGUUGUGUUAACGCACAAUCCAUGGCCAAAAAAAACUGGCAUGGAAACUUUAAUGGAACGAUUAGUUUCUACAAAUACCAAAUGUUAUGCAUGUGGCGCACUUGUUUAUGCUGUCGAGAAGAAAAAGACAGCUAAUCAUAUCUAUCAUAAUCGAUGUUUUCGUUGUCGAAUUUGUAAACGAAAUCUAACUGAAUCAUCACUUAAUGAAGAAGGCGAUGAUAUUUAUUGUGCAAAUUGUUAUCGAAAAAAACAAAGUGGUGAUUGCAAUAGUUUAGAUUUUCGACGAGCUGCAUCUGAACGAGCACAAUAUAUUUAUAAUAAUCAUGAUUCUGAUCAAACACAAUCAAGUGGUAAUCCACGACCACCAAUUAGACAUGAUUUUUCACGACAUCCAUCAUUAACAUUACGUCAAAUAGAACGGCAAUUUCUUUCUUAUCAACCACCAAAUUUUAAUACCUAUAAGAUAAUCGAUAGAAAUUCUCAAACACCUAGUUUAACUUUUGAACGUCCAAUUAUUAAAACAAGUUUUUCUACUCCAAUUAAAUUUAUAACAAUUCGACGUAGUUCAUCAUUAGAAAAAGAUCAACGAUCACCAUCAAGAAAAACUGAACGAUCACCAUCAGUAAAAGCUGAACGAUCACCAUCAUUGCAUUUUUCACCUGUUUUUUCACCUAUUAUAAAGAGUUCUACAAAUUUAAAAGAAACAACAUUUAAAACAUCACGAGAAUUCAAUGAAACAAAAAUUAAUAAUGAACAAUCAAAACCAUUAAUAAACUCAAUUACUAAUAAUCGUUCUCAAUUAAAAAAUAUUCUUAUCAAUUCAACUAAGGUACCAUCACAUUCAAUCGAACCAUCAAAAUCACUCGAACGAAAACAUAGUAUCGUCAUAGAUGUAAAUCAAAAUAAUAAUAAUAAACAAAAUAUAUUUCGCUUUCCAAGUACUACUUCUACUGUUAUUCCAAUUCGUCAUCGAAGUAAGAGUGCCAAUUAUAUUUUUAAUCGACGCAAAAAUAAAUGAACCUAUAAUACAAAAAAAAACGGACAGUUAUUAAAUGUUUUCAUUUUUAUGCAUAUUGUACUUUGUUCCUAUUUUUUUUUACAUACACUAACAAUAAAAAAUAAAAAAAAAAAGCUUGAAUACUACGGAAAAAGAAAACAAUUAAUCAUUGUAUGUCUUGUGAUGUGAUUGAAGUAUGCAAUCAGGUAUUAUUCGUUAGUUAGUAUUAAAAUAUAAGAUUGGUUAAAUAAUAUUUUAAUUACUAUUUAAUUUUAUUUAGAUAAUUGGAAUUUAUUAGAUUAAAGAAAUGAUUGAUUGCAAUAUAAAAAUUGAAAUUUUUUUCUACAAUUUAUAGCUUAGAAAUUGUAUGGUGCUGCCAUCUAGAAAAAAAAUUCGAUUCUGAAGAUAUAUUUUGUUCAUUAAAAUGA